AUUUGAAAACACAAACGAACCAACAACUCGAUUUUAUGAUUUUUUAACUAUGCCUCUUUAUGAUUAUCCCCUAGAAUUUUAUUAAAAAUCAUGGUUAUUAUUAUUUAACAAUUUAUCUCAACCUAAGUCGCUUACAUUUGUAUGUUUUUUAAUUUAAUAAAAGAACAUAACUAUUCUUGCCACUAGUUCUGGAAUGUAACCUUGGUUAGGAUAACCCUUUGGUUUGUUUCUUUUUUUGUCAAAAUGGCAUUUUGUAACAAAAUAUGGAGUCUCAAACAAAUUCACACUAACCAACUAAUAAGAAUAGAUCCAUCGGAAAAUUGCUUAGUAGGCAGAAAGCCUGAUGCCAAAAUAAGCCUUAAAACCAAUAAGGCUUCUAGAUCUCAUGGAACCUUAAUGAUUAAUGGAGAAGGAAACUUAAUGAUCAUGGACUUAAAAAGCAUUAAUGGGACUUAUGUAAAUGGUCAUCUUAUUCCUGUACAUUUAUCAUAUAAGGUGUCUGCGGGAGAUAUAAUAUCAUUUGGUCUUAAAGAUUUAUCAGCUUGUGAAAAUGAGAAUGAUAAACAUAUAUUUUUUGAAGUUAUGGAAAAUGAUUUGUCGUUAAAGAACAUUGAAACAAUAAAUUUAGCAGAGGAUGAACCUGAAAAUUCCGGUGAAAUAUCCGAUAGUGUUCAAAAAAAUGUCACUGAUGAACAAGGGAUUGACAAAAGUUCAGAAGUUAUUGAAACUUCUAGUUCAAAAGUUAUAGAAAGUUCUGGUUCAAAAAUCCAGCAAGAAAAAGCAAAUUGUAAUACUUUAACUGACAGUAGUUCAAAAAAUGAGCAAAAAAAUGUUAAUAUAAAUAACAGUUCUAUUAAUAAAUUGGAUUCUCUCUUGGCAGACUUAGAUCAAUAUAUUGUUAAUAGUGACAUCAGCAAGGAAAAUGAUUCUAUAUGCAAUACUUCAGAUACACAUUCAAAAAAUAAAAGUGAAAAUUUUCAGACACCAAAGAGUCCAAAAUUAUUACAAAGGGAAGGCAUUAAGGGACCAAACACUUCUAGUAUGGCCUCAAAAACUGAACUUUUUCAGACCCCAAAAAAGCCACCAAUUUUGAAAAACAAAAGUAUUAAAAUAGACUUACCUAGCAAAAGAAGUUUCACAACCUGGCAUGAUAAUUCGGUUGUAAUAGAGCUAAGUGAUGAUGAAGAAAUAGGUUUCUCAGCCAGCCAAAUUUUUCAAACGUCCCAAAUAAAAAAGGAAGGAGAAGACGAAAAUAGAGACGAAGUCUUUCAAAAAAUUAAAACAGAGUUAGCAGAAAUGGAGUUUUGUAGCCAAGAAAUCAUUUGCAAUCAAAUCCCUAUCGAUUUAGAGGGUGAAGGCUUUGAAAAUACUCAGCAAAUAUUUGCUGUUUUACAAGAUGAUCCAAAAUCAACAACAACUGAAAAUGGAUCAAAGUCUACUUUAGGUAACAAGGUUGACAAUAUAAAUGUGAGAGCAAUAGAGCCUCCUACAAACAACAGGCGAUCACCAAGAAAUAAGAUACUUGAUAAGGAUAGUGACAAAGGCUUUAGUAAUAAUAACAAUAUCAAAAAUACAACUGAAAAGUCUAAUAAACGAAAGCUAUCAAUUGACAAAACUCCUGUAGAGAAAAAGAAGCCAAAGACUGCGCAAAAAACCACACCUACCUUUAAAGACGUUCAAAUAGAGUUAAAAAGAAGACACAGCACAUCCAAAGAACCUCAUUUAAAUAAAAAAGAUGCAGUGAAUAUAAAAGAAGAAAGACGAAAAAAACUAAAAGAACUUGCUUCAACAUCAGACGUUCCUGAAACUUCAUCUAGAAUUACUGAAACUAACGAAACUAGUCCAGAACUUAAAACCAAAGAAAGUUCGGAUUGUGGGAUAGACCCUUUGUUGGUCUUAAAUGUAAAAAGACGCACUAGUCGAUUGUCAUCGCGUGAGAAGAGCCCUGAUGCUACGAGGACAAUGAAAGUUAUUCAAUCACCGCCUGCGCAGGCUGUUUCCAGCUACAAUUUACGGAGGGCUAAAUCAUCUAAUGAAUUGAAGAUUCCCAAGAAAACACAUCCAAGGGAAGAUCAGAUUCAAGCAAAUACAAGGCAUAGCACUCAUAUUACCUCAAAUGUUGAGGCAAUAUCAAGGCUAAGUAGCGUUGAUCCACGACUCCAAGGCCAAACUAACCAAGACUUUAAAAAUUACAAACAACAAAUUCCCCAGUUUUCUAAUAUCCACCAUUCUACGAAUCUCUAUGGACGACAGCCGAAUAUUUGGGAUGUUGAUUCUUAUAAGAAGCGACAACCCAGGCGUUUAAGCAAUUUGGAUGAUAUUAUCAAAAUAAUGGUCACAUGGUUACCGAAUUGGUUAAGCGAACAACGUGAACUUGAUAUCAGUCCACCGAUUAAUAAUCCACCUGCAAAAAGAAUUCCGAAAAAGUUUAAAGACUUUAAUCAUUAUUAUAAUGCCUUUACUAAGCUGAUAUUAUUGGAAACUUGGCAGUAUAUCUAUAGUAGUUGGGAGCUGGCAUCGUCGGAUAUCAAUAGGAUGCAGAGAAGAAUCUGUAUUGACCACGUAAGAAUAACAAAUAAUCAAAUGAUUAUAGACUGUGCCUAUUAUAUUACCAAAGAAGAAGCGAAACGCAACGAGUUUUGUAGAGCAGAUGACUUUGUCACAUUUGAAUGUGUAACCUUUGAUAAUUCUAACAAAUACAUGCAGCUCUCUUUCGGUGUGGUUCUUAACAGUAGAAAAAAAGCUCUACGUGACGACAAUCUUGUAUCAGUAAAACUAGCCAAUCUAUGUAACGGAGAAGUUCAUUCGAAGGUAGAAUUCACGUUAGCUACUCGUCACUAUCCCAACAGGGAGUUGAACAGGAAUAAGUGGCCUAUGAUGACUGUAAUUGUAAAUGUCAAGAGUUUUAUGAUGCAUAUACGAGCUUUGAAGGAACUUCAGCAAUCACCUUUAUGCAGUAUGAUAAUAGAACCAAAAAUGAAUGAUUUUAAAUUCGCUAAUUGCUACGGAGAUGUUAGGCAGCAGCUUCAGUUAAAUGCUCAACAAAAAACUAUUGUGCUAGAAGCGGCCAAUCUAUGCACGGGAAAUAGGCCGGGAAUUUAUUGCGUAAAGGGCCCACCGGGAACUGGAAAAUCAACCGUAAUAGUAAACAUAAUUUUGGAAAUCUUAUUCUCUUACUAUAGGAAUCCGAGAAGAGACGAGCUUAAGCAACCGAUGAUACUUUUAUCAGCACCGUCUAAUGCCGCGGUUGAUAAUUUGAUUACGAAAAUUGUUACCGCAAAACGUCUAUUUCCAGAUAUGCAUCAGUUUGUAAAAUUAGUAAGAAUUGGUCCGGAAUCGAGCAUCAGCAAAUCGGUUAUCGGUUACAGUUUAUCCAAUCUAACAGAAAAACAUCUUCCGCUGAAGAACAUACAUAUACCAGAAAUAAAGGCUGCAGCAGAUAAUAACAAUAGGGUACUGGAAACGAUAAAGAAAUAUUUUGGAGAGAAUUAUAGUCAGGAACUGAAAGCUUGUGAAACAUUAGUUAUUAAGAAAUGUAACAUUAUCUGCACUACUUUAAAUAGUUGUAUAAAUGGUAGGCUCAUAGAUUGUGUUAACAAAGGAAUUAUAGAAUUCACUUGCUGUAUAAUCGAUGAGGCCACACAGUGUCAUGAACCAGAAUCUCUUCUUCCUACUAUUUUGGGAAUCGACAAAUUUGUAUUAGUGGGAGAUCCUCAGCAGCUAAAUGCUACAAUUAUGAGUAAUGAUGCUGUUAAAUUAGGUUUCCAGAAUAGUCUAUUUUCACGUUUGGCGAAUAAUUUCGAAAGCGAUCCAAGAUCGCCUAUAAAAUUACUUACCGAUCAGUACAGGAUGCAUCCAGAAAUAUGCGCUUAUCCCAAUAAACAUUUUUAUAACUCAAAAUUAAGAUCUUUUCCUAAUCCACCAAAUAAAUUGCCCGCAGAAAUCCGACCAUAUUUGGUAUUUAAUUGUGAAAAGAUAUCUUGUUCUUCUAACGACUACACUAACAUGGAUGAGGUUAUUUUAAUAAAAAAGUUGCUCAGCACGAUUUUUAGUGUGGUGGAUAAAAAUGUUAAUUAUAGUAUCGGCAUUAUUACACCAUAUAAUGCGCAAAAAGAUCUGGUGCAGAGGAACAUAUUAGAUUUAAUGACAGACAAUCGUAAAAUAUUGGUGAAUACGGUAGACAGUUUCCAAGGUUCGGAAAAUGACAUUAUUAUUAUAUCGUGUGUACGGCAUUCUUCAAAUUCCUUUUUAAAGAAUGAAAACCGACUUAAUGUGGCACUAACAAGAGCGAAGCAGGCGCUGUAUAUAAUUGGGAAUUAUACACUUUUCAAGGAAUGUAAACCGCUAUAUGAUCUAAGAGAAGACGCAAAAAAACGAAAAGUUUUAUUAGACAUUCGGCAGGAUCCGAGAUCAAUAAGGAAUUUUCAAAAGUAUCUUUUGAUGCCUUUAUCUAAUCAGGCAGUGCCCGAUGGUUCUUGCAGGUGACCAUAAAAUCCAAAAACAUGUAAAACAAGGAAUUUAGUUAUUUGGAGUUAAUUUUCUUUAAAACUGAUAUGAAAUUGUGUAAUCCUUGGUCCAUCCUUUAUUUUUACCUAAAAGAAUAGUGCUUUGUUUUAUACCAUUUUACGGGAAAAAAGAGUUCACUGAACAAUACGAAAUCUUUAUUUAUACUCCAUUUAUUUAUUUUAUUUUUAAAGUUGAAGGAUUCCCUGUUUUUUAUUUCUCUGUAUAGUGUAUAUAGCUUAAACCUAAAAUAAUUCUUAAUUAUAGUUUACAUUGGGUUCUAGAUAAAUAGCUUUUUACUACUUCGCAUGUUUUAAUAUUUUGUUUAGGACGCGAAAUUAAGAUGUUGUAAUUUGUUAAAAUAAACCAUAUGUAUGAAUAUC